AUGUCUGAAGCUUCCGUUGCCUACGCUGCCUUGAUCUUGGCUGACGCUCAAGUCGAAAUUACCUCCGAAAACCUUUUGGCUAUCACCAAGGCUGCCGGUGCUUCCGUUGACUCCAUCUGGGCUGACGUGUUCGCCAAGUCUUUGGAAGGUAAGGACUUGAAGCAAAUCUUGGCUGGUUUCUCCGCUGCCGGUGCUGCUCCAGCUGCCGGUGCUGCCCCAGCUGCCGGUGCUUCCACCGAAGCUGCCGCUGAAGAGGUUGCCGAAGAAGCUGCUGAAGAAUCCGAUGACGACAUGGGGUUCGGUUUGUUCGAUUAA